UGUGACCCUGCUGAAGAGAGGAAACAUAUCACAAAGAUUAUUCAGCCAUCAGCUACUACGAGGGAUGUAGAUCCCCAGUUGAUGCCGAGGAUCAUGACCAUGAACGGUGACCACCAGUCGGUUGGUGCCACCGCGCCGCUGGAUCUGCGCACCAAUACCCGAGAGCGAGGUGGGAGCGCCGGGUCGAGGACUCCGGACUGCAGAGGUCGCGUCAGCAGAGACGCACAGGUGACCGGCGGCGGAUCACCUGCACCGCCAGCGUGCACAGGUACGGACACUUUGUUGGAGAACCGGUGCUCCACAAUCAGAAGCUCAGAAACCGGUGUCGCUGCGCGCAAACGACCGGCGGACAAGUCUUCCUCAAGGCUUCCUUUUAGGAAACGCCCGAUUCCUGUGGAGCCGGAGACCCAGAGGCAGUCACCGGCUCCACCGGAGAGCGCAGACCGCUUCUCCUCUGUGGGAGAUACGGACUUCACAUUACGAGGAGAGAGUUUGGAAAGAGCCGCGGAUGAAAGCAGAUUCUGUGCAGCACCAGUGACUCCCAGGCGGUUUGAAGAAGCAAGACGGAGUCCAGAAGGAUUUCCCAUCCGCUGUUUGCACCCGUAUGAUUACGGUCCAUACCCAGUGUACUGUUUGCCCCCCGUCCACGAGCCCCCCCACCUUCUGGCCCAACAAGCCGAAAACCUGCUGACUGGCAUCAAUCUGGCUACCCGGCAAGAUGAAGACGGAGACACAGCUCUCCAUAUAGCGGUGGUGCAGGGGGAGUUGGCCAUCGUCUGCAAACUGAUCCAACUCCUGCUGUGGGCUCGCAGAAGCCUUGAUAUCUACAACAACCUCCGUCAGACUCCCCUUCAUCUGGCCGUGAUCACCCAGCAGGCAAACAUGGUGGAGACUUUGUUGAGAGACGGGGCCGACCCUGCCGCCUUGGACCGUAACGGCCAAACAGCGCUCCACCUCUGCUGUGAAUAUGACCAGCGUGACUGUCUGUCUGUUGUGCUCCCUUGCCCAUUGUCUUCCACAUGCCUGGAAAUCAGGAACUAUGAGGGUUUGAGCCCUCUCCAUCUGGCGGUGCUGCGUGGCCAUAAAGAUUUGGCCAGAAUGCUGCUGGACGCAGGCGCUGACAUCAAUGCUAUGGACAUCAAAAGUGGUCAGAGUCCUCUCAUGCACGCGGUGGAGAGCAAUAACCUAGACAUGGUCCACUUCCUCAUUGAGAGUGGUUGCGAUGUCAACAGCCAGUCAUACAGUGGGAAUACAGCCCUGCACGGCGCCUGUGGCCGAGGUCAGGUGGAGACAGUGCGGCUGCUGCUGAAGAGUGGAGCUGACAGCAGCCUCAAGAAUUACCAUAACGACACCCCUGUGAUGGUGGCCAAGAACAAGAAAAUAGCAGAUGUGUUACGAGGGAGAGGCUCCAACCAGAUAAGAGUCCAAGAUCAACACUGUGUGUCUGUCUCACCACAUGGGAGCAACCUGACAGAAAACGGGUCCCCAUCUUCCAACCACAGUCGUGGAUGUUCACCUUCGACUACACCACACACCCCUCAUCAUAGCACCUCCCAGUCUCCAAAGACUCCAUCUACGCUUGUAUUUCCAUUUUACUAGCUCACAGUUAUUGUCUAGUGCAAAAUGCAUCUACCUCCACACAGCAAACCAACAAAGAGACUUCAAUAAGGACAUCCAGAAGAAGCUUCAGCUAAUGGGAUGACAGAUCAGCAAAAGACUGCACCUGAAAUUAGACUUCCCUACAAGCUGGUCUUCUUUUCCUGGACUCCAUGAAAAAAGACAUAUGGCAUCCCUCCUUGGGUUUAGGUGACUGAACAGAGUACCUGCCUAUAACCUCUCUGCUCAUCCAGCUGCUGAUGUGGGCAUCCCCCUAAAUGACUGGGACCAAACUGGCGACUGACAAGCUGCUGUAGUGAUCAGCUGGAUUUCUCGAUGUGCAUCUAUGCAGCAACAGAAAUGUGCCACUACGUGCAGUCGAGGCUGAACAUAAAGGACAGUUUUGAAACUGCCUUGAGAUGACAGUAAAUGAUGGACAUGGGCCUAAAAUGAAGGGCAACAAAUAUAAUAUUUUGACACCCUUUUAAAAGUUGUAUCCAGUCUGCUUACUUUAAGUCUGGAUAAUGUAACUUAACCUGCUUAAUAUUGCACAUUUUUUCUUUCUGCCAUUUGAUAAUAUAUGUCCACCGCACCCUUUAGAUGUUUGUGUGCAUAUGUGCCUGUGUGUGUUGUUUUAUCACUGUCAAAAGUUGUAGAUAUUUUUUAUAUAAAAUGUGACCAACAGA